CGGAACAAAAGCCUGCAGCCACACAGGCCUUCAUGGAACAGUUUGGACAUGAUCCAUAAUAUCUGGAAAAGGCCCUGAAUGUCUAACAAACAGCUCUGACGCCAUUUGGAGCAGCCCAACAUCACGGUUAAUGAGCAACAGACAGAGCACACUUGCACUUUGUAUCCCCAAAUAGUAGAUGGAGCUUCCACACAUAAUCUUGGCCACCCUGAAUGUUUGAGCACCUAUACCUUUCUCAGUCUCCAAACAUGGUGAUACACAAAAUGAAGAUGGGAUUUAUUCCCAUUGUAACCUGCAUCUGCUUCCUCGCUCCCAUCCAACACGCACACGCUCCGAGUGCCACCAUCGCAGAUCUUUCCUUCAAAAAUAUGGACUUUGCCAUGGAUCUUUACAGAAAAAUAUCCAGCUUCCAUGACAAGAACAUCUUUUUCUCACCCCUGAGCAUCUCUACCAGCUUCGCCGCUCUCUUAAUGGCUUCUGGCGGUAACACGCGUGAGGAAAUGCUCAGGGGACUCAACCUGGAGCAGCUGGAGCAAGCUGACCAGCCAGAACUCAUCCCAAGACUCUUUCAGGUCCUCAGUGAGAACAUCACGCAGAAUGGGUCGCUGAAACUGGACCAAGGCAUGGCCCUCUUCAUGUCCCGGCAGUUAGAGGUGCAGAAGAUGUUUGAGGACCAGAUCAAGGAGUUUUUCAAUGCCGACAUCAAAAGUGUAGACUUUGGCGACACAAAAGGGGCCAUCCACUUGAUCAAUGAGUAUGUCAAGCGCAGGACUGGUGACAAAGUGACAGAGAUCAUUUCCAGCCUGGAUUCAGAGACCAAACUCAUGUUAAUCAACACCAUUUUCUUCCAAGGAGCCUGGCAGAUGCCUUUCGAUGCCAAUUUCACUGAGAGCACGCCCUUCUACAUCGACAACUACAGCGUUGUGCAAGUACCGAUGAUGUUUAUGGAGGAUAAAUUCUACAUGAUGGAAGACUUUCAAAUUGGUGCCAAAGGGCUGAAGCUUCCAUACCAGGAAGGUGUUUCCAUGCUUAUUCUGCUGCCCAACAAAGGCGUGGACUACACUGUAAUAGAUGAGGAGAUCACAGCAGAGAAGUUCCUCAGCUGGAUCAAAAGGCUGCAAAAAACCAAACUGGAAGUCCACAUUCCCAAAUUCAAGAUGGAGCAGUCUUACUCCCUCCACAACCUUCUACCAGAAAUGGGCAUGGCCAGCAUCUUCAGUAAUUCAGCCAAUUUGACAAAGCUGAGUAAGAGCAGUGGUCUCAAAGUGUCAGAGGUGCUGCACAAGGCUGUGAUCGAGGUGGAUGAGACCGGGACGACUGCAGCAGCAGCCACAACAAUUGGCAUUACUCCAUAUUCCUUACCCAGGACCUUCACUGUCAACAAACCCUUCUUCUUCUUCAUUUACCAUGAAGACACAAACUGCAUGCUGUUCAUGGGCAGGGUGAUCGACCCCACCAAAAACUAGCAGCCGUGACUGUGCUGUGCUCACACAUGACAUUGUGUUUCUUCAGGCAUUUUUCUAAAAACUUAAAUUUAUCUUGAAAUGCUUGUGCUGGUCUUUUCCGAAAGCCUACCUAUACAGUAAGUGCUACCUAUUAAAAAAAAAAAAAGUAAAUGA